AUGGCUAUGUCUAAAGGGUUUAAGGUUUUAGAGAAAUCUUCACCACCUAAUCCGUAUAGUAUUAUCCUACAACACAGAAAUAAAGACACCGCAUUAUUAUUCGAAUCUCAAGCUGUUGUUGCACUGUCUUCACAAGAAACAGAAACUUUACGGAAGCAGUAUCAUAAAAUUGCUGAUGCGUAUGGAUGUUUAGGAGUUUUACAACUUAAUUCUGGUGAAAGUUGCUUGCUGUACCUCGUUCUCGUGACGGGUUGCUGUUCGGUUGGUAAGGUAGGUGAUGUAGAGGUCUUCAAAAUCACCCAAACACAAUUUCUACCACUUUUCUAUCAAUCUCAAGGAGAAGAUAAAGUCUCAGAGGUGAGAAAAUUACUUAAUUCAGGAACUUUCUACUUUUCUUGGAAUGCUAGUAAAAAUAAUGAAAACUUAUUUGAUCUAACACUAUGUGCUCAAAGGAAAAGUAAAGGAGGCAGUCCAGACAAUAGAUUUUUCUGGAAUAGAACAUUGUUUAUCCAUUUGAUAAGAUAUGGAAUAGAUUGCGAUGACUGGCUCACUAGGGCUAUGUGUGGUUCAGUCGAGAUAAGAACUAUAUAUGUUGGACAUCGUCAAGCGAGAGCUGUAUUAGUGUCUAGACUUAGUUGUGAGAGAGCUGGAACAAGAUUUAAUGUCCGAGGGUGCAAUGAUGAUGGAAAUGUUGCAAAUUUUGUGGAAACAGAGCAGGCAAUAUAUAUUGAUGAUUCUGUAGCAUCUUACAUUCAAACGAGGGGAUCAGUCCCUUUGUUUUGGGAACAACCGGGUAUACAAGUGGGAUCACACAAAGUUAAAAUGUCAAGGGGAUAUGAUGCAUCAACAAGUGGUUGCGAAAGACACUUCUCUCAGCUCCAAAGGAACUAUGGUUCUAUUGUUGUCGUAAACCUACUUGGUUCAAGUUUGAUUGGAGGAAGCGAGGGGGAGGCUACUCUGAGUAAUGCAUUUCAAAGACAUCUUAAUGAAUCUGCCCAAACCGACAUUGUACAGAUAAUUUUUGAUUAUCAUCAAGAAGUGAGAGCUGCUUCUAUAGAAACUGCUUUGGCGAAAUUUAAGAAGAUAAUAGAAAAGUGCUAUGACAGCAUCAGUAUUUUUAGUGCUAAGGGUAAUGAUAUAUACAAUGUUCAAAAAGGUGUUAUAAGAACUAAUUGUUUGGAUUGCUUGGACAGAACUAAUUCUAUACAAACUUUUAUUGGCCUGGAAAUGCUUGCUAUACAGCUAAUGUUAUUACAGUGUAUUGACAAAAAGCAGAAUGUAAAUCGAUUUGAAGAAGUUUUCAAGCAGAUGUGGGUAAAUAAUGGUAAUGAAGUGUCUAAAAUAUAUGCUGGGACUGGUGCAAUUCAAGGUGGCUCAAAACUAAUAGAUGGAGCGAGGUCUGCUGCUCGGACCAUACAAAACAACUUACUUGACAACUCUAAACAAGAAGCUAUUGAUAUAUUGCUUUUAGGCUCCACACUGAAUUCAGAGCUUGCAGAUCGAACAAGAAUACUAUUACCAUCAAAUAUUCUACAUACUUCAACACCAGUUUUAAGAGAAAUGUGCAGGAGAUCCAGUGAAUUUACACAGCCUUCCAGUAUCCGUAUAACCAUUGGUACAUAUAAUGUUAAUGGUGGCAAACAUUUUAGAAGUUUAGCUUAUAAAGACGUAUCACUCGCCGACUGGUUAUUAGACUCACCAAAUUCAGCAUUAAUCAACACUGUUAACUUAAAAGAUCACCCAUCAGACAUUUUUGCUAUUGGCUUCCAAGAAAUUGUUGAUCUUAAUGCUAGUAACAUCAUGGCAGCAAGCUCAGAACAUGCAAGGGCGUGGAGUGAAGAACUUGAGAAAAUAUUAUGUAGAGAUGCCUCAUACACUCUUCUGUCUAGUCAUCAACUGGUUGGAGUUUGUCUAUUUGUUUUUGCUAGAAAAGAUUUAAUUCCACAUAUAAGAGAUGUUGCUCUCGAUUCUGUUAAAACUGGCCUCGGUGGAGCUACAGGAAACAAAGGCGCAGUAGCAAUUCGUUUGGUUAUUUACGGAACCUCUUUGUGUUUCGUUUGUGCUCAUUUCGCUGCAGGUCAAUCCCAAGUUACGGAACGAAAUGCCGAUUACACUGAAAUCACUAGGAAAAUUGCGUUUCCAAUGGGAAGAUCACUUUAUUCCCAUGAUUACGUGUUUUGGUGUGGUGAUUUUAAUUAUCGUAUUGAUUUAGAUAAAGAAGAAACUCGAUUAUUGGCAUCUCAAAAUAAUAUACAAAGGCUUCUAGAUCAAGACCAACUAUUACGCCAGAAAUCACAGGAUCUAGUGUUCAAGAACUGUUUUGAAGGAGAAAUUACAUUCUUACCAACUUAUAAAUAUGAUUUAUUUAGCGACGAUUACGAUACGAGUGAAAAAUGUAGAGCCCCGGCCUGGACUGACAGAGUCCUUUGGAGAAGUAGGAAACAUACGAUCGAUCCCGAAAAUACUUCUGAACUGGCUGCUGGAAUAUUAUUGCAUUAUGGCCGAGCUGAAUUAAAGCAGAGCGACCAUCGACCAGUUAUUGCAAUUUUAGAGGUAGAAGUUCUACAAGUGAGUUACACUAGAUGUAUGGAAGUUUUCUAUGAAGUUGUAAAAGACCUUGGCCCUCCCGACGCCAGUAUUAUUGUAAAACCAAUGGAGGAAAUAGACAGCGAAGAUUCCAUUUUCGAUGAUAAUAUUAUGGCAGGCGUUUUACAAGAAUUGUCAACAAUUGGUGAAGUGACAUUAGUACGUUUUGUUGACGACCAUACUUUGAGUAUAACUUUUAGAGAUGGCCAGCAUGCGUUAGCUGCGUCACAGAAAGGAUACAUUAACAUCGGUGACAUUCAAUUGACCGUGUCACUUAAGUCUCCUAAUUGGCUGGAUAUUGUAAAGGCCGAGGUUAAUUUGUGUUCGAAUAACACGAUUCCGCUAUUCGGUGAAGUUCCCGUCGAUCGUCCUUUACGGUCAGCUCCGCCGACGCCUCGGAGACAGCAGCCAAGUCGACCUCCGGCUCCAUCACCCACGCCUCUUGUACCUUCGAGGGCACCAACUGGACCAGCCCGCCCGCCACCUCCCAGGCCGGCUCCUAUUCCUCAAGACGCAGGGAUUGUCUCCCAGCCAAGUUUAUCGUCACCUCCAGCCGACAGCCUCCCCCCACCAACAUGUGCUCCUCCCCCUCCUCCUUCUAAUACUCCACCCCCCACAGGUCAUCCCCCUCCAGUGCCAGCUCGACAGGGUGCGCCACCACCACUACCAGCGCGCCCAAGGCCAGUUAUUUAA